AUGGCUACCUUUUUGAAUUUACUUUAUCGUCUGUUGGAGACGUUUUUGAAAAUUUGCAAAUACGUUCAUGGGCUGUUAGCGUGUCACAGCUGGAUGGAGUUAAAAGCUGAACUCAUGUCAGGUGAGAACUUAGCUCUCUACAAAAACACCUCAACCAACAACGUGUUGGGAAACCACCAGCUGUUUCGCGAAUACGGGGCAACGGAUGGAAACUAUGCACUAAACAGAUACGAUGGCCAUUGUUUCAUAUCUGGGGAUUGUGACAGAGUCAAAUUUUUUAAAGAUGAAAAAAAUGUCAAAAUUUUUCCAGAUUAUUACAUGCGCCAAUUUCUAACCGGCGGCUCAAACAACAAAACCACAAGCAGAGGUUCCUACUAUCUAUGCAAUCAAUACGAAUCCUAUCUGUACAAGUGGGAGCUGGCCAUCUUGAAAUGCAAUGCCAACAUCCCGCCUCUUAGAUACGUCAUAGUUCAGCAGAGGUGGGAUGUCGAUACCCUGAUGAAUAUCUGCGAGCUGGAAGUCUUCGAAGCCAAAGAUAAUUCUUCAAAACUUUGGAACCAACUGCCAAAUCACAGGCUGAUGCAACUGACUCCAUACCUAUUCAACAGAAGUUCCGUCCACACAUGUCUGAUCAACUGCAUGCAACUCAAUUGCGACGCAGUUAAUUAUAACAACUUUACGUCUACCUGCGAAAUAUUUCAGCAUCCAUUUGGCUAUUAUAAGGUUAACAUCCCAAAUAAAGUUGAGGAUUGGGACUAUUGGCAGUUGUUUUACGCGUGA